AGGGGAGUGGUUGGCCAGAAGCAUUUCAGUUGAUUCAACCGUCCGGUAGUGUGCCAAACUCGCCACACAUAUUCUGGUGGCUCACUCUUGUGGUUUACACAUUGGAGAACCAUGACCACUGCCACAGAAAAUGCGGUCCCACGAAAAAUUAGAGGGGAGCGAUCGCUCAUUGAAGCACUGGCUGAAUACCCAGGCGAGCUCGUAAAAACGGAUUCUCCGAACUUUGUUUGUAGCGUGUUGCCAUCGCACUGGAGAUGUAAUAAGACGCUACCGGUUGCAUUCAAGGUUGUUGCACUCGGUGAUAUUCCCGAUGGAGUUCUCGUCUCGAUCGCUGCAGGCAAUGACGAGAACUUCUCGGCCGAACUCCGAAACGCGACUGCCGUCAUGAAAAAUCAAGUCGCGCGCUUCAACGAUCUUAGAUUCGUAGGACGUAGCGGAAGAGGUAAAACGUUCACAUUGACAAUAACGGUGAAGACAGAUCCACCUCAAGUCGCCACAUAUUGCAGAGCUAUUAAAGUCACCGUAGACGGACCGCGGGAACCGCGUAGACACAGAACCCGUUCAGACGAGAGAGACCAAGCAGGCUACGACCAAUUUCAUUUUUCAGAUCGUCUCUCAGAGUUGGGAUUUGAAGGCCUCCGUCGCUCUAUUAGAGACAACAGCUUCGGCCCGUUUACAGAGCUUCACCCAGGUCCUUUGCAACCCGUCAAAUUACCCCCGGACGGUACAUCAGCCUUCAGCGCGCUCGCUCCCGAUAGCAAUCAAAUCCGUUCACCGUCCACGUGGGGUUUCCACGCUGGCUUUCCGGGAUUUUUAGGCCCGAAUUUGCCGCCUCACGCUCCACCAGAUGCUCAAGUAAACUUAACGGCACUAAACCCACUCUCGGCGCCUAGACCUCAAGUGAACUUGCAGAAUUCGAGUGGUAAUGUACCCAUGCUUCCUCAUUACUCCGAACCAAGAUUUCAGGGCAUAGCGCAGUUUCCAUUUCGUUCAUCGCCGCAAGCUACAACGAACACGACUCUGACAACAGUAUCAGACGGUAUCGGCGGAGGCAUGAAUCAAGUGUGCCCGGCACCGCCCAUGGAUCCUGCUCACAGCAUGUUCUCUUCACAAUGCCAGCAGCUGAACACGUCUCCCGGAACGAAUUCCGUUGUUAACAACUCUAUGUUGAACAACAAUAGUUUGCCUAAUGGCAUGGUGAACAAUGGAUACACCUUUCGUCCACAACCAUUCAUGCAACAAACAGCAAUGACUAAGGUAAACAUGCCAAUAACUCAAACUACAUCAGUGGGAGCUAUCACGCAGGCGAACACCACUGCGGGGGUGACAUUCCCCAUGUCGAGACCUGGUGUGAUGCCCCUUGUGGGACAAAGCAUGGGGGUAGGAAGCCCCGCUGUUACACAGAGGAUACCGCUACCUCUUGGAAACGUGGAUUUGAACAGCGUGGGUAGCUUUAACGGUCUGCCCAGAAGCGACGGGCACGGAAUGAUCUCGUUGAAGCAGGAGCCUAUUGAUAAUAUGUCAAAUCACGUUGUAAAUCACCACACAGGACUCGAGGUUUCACACGCGGACACGGUCCUUCACGAACGGAACGGUACCACAACGCCAAAGGGAGUGUGGAGACCUUAUUAGCGAAUAGGAGUUUGUAGGAAAAUUCUAGACAAUGGAAACCAUCCACUGGUAUUUAAAUUUAAGUUAACAUACGUCAAGAUGUGCGGAAAUCUACAAAUUUUAAGGCAGAUUUUUAGGUCGAGAACCCCUUUGUUUUAAAACAUAGAUUUCGAUAUCAUAAGCCGUUGAACUUGACUCAUUUUGGACCGAAUUAGCCAUGUUUUUUUUUUUUAACUUGCAAGUCAUUGCAUUUAGACUCCAAUCGCUCUUAAAAGUUUAAUGAAAAUAUAACACGGAGUUUGAUAGGCCCACAAAUUCAGAUCGUAGAAAGCAUCCGUGACAAAAUUGACAACGCACUCUUGUCCUUAAAAAUUAGGGUGUGGAUUUUAAUAUUCGCAAAUUUGUUUCGUUUUCUUCCGAUUUAUUUAUUUCUCACUUGCCUCCGGUGAAUAUAUGUGAAAACAUUUGAGGCAUAAUCCAUAAUGAAAUUAAAAUAUAAUUAACUAAGCGAGGAAGAGUACCAUAAUAUGGAAAGAGAGCUAAAGAAUAUAGUAUUGAUAUUUAUACACAAGUAUUAUUUGAAACCCUUCGGAAAUAAUAUGUUUGAAAUGAAAUAAGAUUUCAAGAAUUAUUCACAUGCUGCGCGUGAAUUGAUGAUUAAAUUGUUAGAAGCUAC